AGAAUAUAGCCAACAUAGCAUAUAUAGCCAAACUAAGAUAUAUAAAAAAGAAAAAGAAAAAGAAAUUCAUCAAUGGCUAGUACAUGUUGCAUGCCAGUGAUUGAUAUGCAAGAGUUUCCAGGAGAAUCUGAGAAACUAAUAGCUGCAUGUGAGGAGUGGGGAUGUUUCAGGAUCAUCAACCACGGUAUUCCUGUCACUUUGCUCUCUGAGAUGCAGUCCAUUUCACGAUCUCUCCUCGACCUCCCGGCGGAAACCAAACGUCGGUACGAUGAGGCCGUGGACGGCAAGGGGUACAGUCCACCUCAAGAGUCCAAUCCUCUUAUUGAGGGAUUGGAUGUUUAUGACAUGGCCUCCCCAGGGGCUGUCCAUGCCUUUUGCUCUCACCUUCAUGUUUCUCCUCACCAAAGGGAGACGAUAAUGAGGUACACUGAAUCGAUACAUGAGCUGGCCAUGACAAUAGGAAGAAGAUUGGGAGAGAGUAUGGGGUUUUCAUGCAGUGAUUUGUUCAAGGGAUGGUCAUGCAGAUUUAGGUUAAACAAAUACAAUUUCAGUCCUCAAACUGUAGGAUUAACUGGAGCUCCAAUGCACUCAGACCCUGGAUUUCUUACAGUAGUACAUGAUGAUGAAAUAGUUAAUGGUCUGGAAGCUGUAGACAAGAAGUCUGGUGUACUUUUCCCCGUCGAUCCAAUGCCAGGAACCCUCCUUGUCAAUGUCGGAGACCUUGGCAUGGUUAGUAAAAUGGCCACCCAAUUUUCGGCUGUUUGGAUUACAAGAAAAUGUUUCUCUUUAUGUGGGGUGGAACCAUAGCUCCCUAUAUAUGCAA